CAUUAUUAUUAUUAUUUUUUUAACAUAUUAGCCCCACACACAGACACGUACGCACGCAACAAAGAAAACGAGUACACAGUAUUUAGUGAGGACCAGCUUUCAGAUUAGAGUUCAUAACAAAUAGACAGCUCUGCAACAAACUAUUCCUCUAUUAUCAUUAAGUUUGGGCCAUAUGGGAGUCUGUGGUUUGAGUAUAAUCCCAAACUUGUAUUAGUUAAAUCAAUAGCUUGGGACAGCCGCUGUUCUGAGACAUUUUGUAUUUCUCUUGCAAGGAGAGCUACAAUGGCUUGCAACUCCUUUUAGUUGCUUUAGACUGGAUGCCUCGAAAGUUUGAGGCUGAGACAAUCCGACAUGCGUAGAAGUCAACAACGAAAACAAUGGGCUGCGGAUUCUCUCGAAUCUUUAAUGGUAUCUUUAGAUCAAGACCAAGAGGAAAUAAGCUGUUUGGCAAUUCCAAGUUCGGAAUCAGAACCAAGGAUGGAGACGAGGUAACGUUAGAUGGACAGCCAGCAGAUAUUAUUGAAGAGAGUGAAAUUCCUGAGGGAUAUUUUAAGAAAACUGUCGAAUACAGUUUGGAGAAAUAUCAGGUGGAUAAUAUGUCGAAAAGAAAUUCUGCUUCCAAGCGCGAACCUUCCGACUUAGUCGUCGUAAGGACGACGAGUCUGGAAGAAGCAGCUGAGCUGGCAGUCAGAAACCGAAACAAAGAACAGUUGCUACACGUCAUAAACAAAUGUGGAGAGUGGAAUGCUUUCUUGCCAGCAUCCAGCCUGCCAAAAAAGAAGACCAGUGCUGUGGAGCUAGCCUGCAUAUUGGGUUACUUCGAUAUGGUUGAAGUGUUCCUUGACAACGGAUGCAGUCCUAACUUGCCGACCUCAGCAGGGAAAUUGCUUCAUUCUGUUUUAGACUCCUUAAAAGCCAACGAGGAUAGCCUGAACGCCGGGCAAAGAGUGAUUAAAAUUUUGUGUAAAAAAGGUUGCGAUCUUAAUAUUAAAGACUACAAAGGUAAUACUCCAUUAAUGCAAUGUGCUCAAAUAGGUGACACUGUGAUUAUGAAAGAAGUGCUUUCUCGUUGCUCAGAACAACAGCUCAGUCAUCGUUCCUCUGGAAGUUUGAACACACCACUGCACAUGUCUGUGAUGAGAGGAGACUUUGAGUGUGUCAGAUUGUUGCUGGAAUAUUCACCACAUAAACAUGUAAAUAUUCCAGACAAGUAUGGAAACACCGCUUUACAUCUGGCGCUCAAGAGCAUGUUACACAACAUCCCUUACCUAAAUGCUGCCAAAGAGCACAUUGCUGCAUCAUCAGAGGUAGGUAGAGAAAAUCAGUCAUUUAUUCCUGCUGCCAGCAAAUCAAAUUCCUCCCAGAAACAUGUUUUUGAGCAGCUCACAUGGUUUCAGCAUAAUGCAAUCGCUAUUGUUGAAGCACUGGUCAUGGCUGGUGCAGAUCUACAUGCUACUUGCUGCCCACCAAGUGCCAAUGACUUUCAGUAUUAUCCUCUCAUUUAUGCACUUCGGCUGUGUGCAGAGGAUGAAACUGAAGGUUUCAUUUUUGAACAGGAAAAAUUCUCAUCCAUGCUGCACUUAGUGUCACAACAAACAAUUCAGUCUUUGCAAAGGUGGAAGGUAGCUUCUACAUGCAUGGAAGAAAACAUAAUCACAAAAUUUUCAGUCUAUGCUGGAGUUGUGCGUCUUUUAGUCCUUGCAGGGACUGAAGUGUCAAACCGCAUGAGAGCUGAGCUUUUUCAGCGGUUCAGCUCAGAAACAAGCCUGAUCAAUGAGCUUUGUGUAUUCUGGGACAGUUGCAGGAUUGAAAAGCCACCGAAACUUAUUCAUCUUGCAAAACAGAAGAUUCGUUUACAUUUGGCAAGUGUCCAGAAACUACACUUGAUUAGUCAAAUACCUUUACCUCCAUGUCUACAAGAUUAUGUGAAGAUUAAUUACCUUUGAUUUUUGUUGAUAUUAAUUUAGUAGGUGAUGAAUUGAUUAUCAGAACAGUAAAUUGUUGCUUUUAAAGGUCUACAUGAACCCACAUGUGAAUGACUGGCUGAACUCAGUGUAACAUAGUACUUCCCAAAAACUGGGUGGAAAAUCCCUCUCCAUUCUUGAGAUGCAAGUUUUCAAACAUUACUCUACACACGUUAAAUAAAAAAGAAGUCAUAAAUGCUGCCACCAGGAGUGGACAUUGAUCUACCUACAUUUUAACCCAGUGGUUCUUGACCUUGUUUGAGGUACUGAACCCACAAGUUUCAUAUGCACAUUCACCGAACCCUUCUUUAGUGUCAUCACGAAUUGCGGGUGUGUCUUGACCUCCGUGGCAGAGGCUCCGCCGAACCCCUUAGACCGACUCACCGAACCCCUAGGGUUCGAUCGAACCCUGGUUAAGAACCACUGUUUUAACCACUACAAUGAAACUUUGGAAGGGGUAUCUUGGGAGGUUAGGCAUAGUGAUGGAGACUUUGGAGAUCAUGGUUUAGAUUCCUUUCCAUCCAUUGAGAUGUUUGUAGGAUUUUGUCUCCAGAAAUAGGGAGAUUAUUCACUCAGAUUUCAAGAAAUGGCAUCUUGUACAUAGUCCUUCAAAAAUCCAAAAUCUUUAGACUUUUUAAUUUUUAUUAUUUACUUGUGUCUUUGCGCAAAAGGUGGCUACUUAUUUCAUCUUGCUGUUUUUGGUGACCUAAAAUGCCCUUCAACUAUUACAGGGAUUUUUUUCUUAAGUCAUUCAUGUCUGGUGCAAAUCAAAGCAGUGCAUGUUUUGAUAUUUGAAUAAUCGUAUCUUUUUAAUAUUUAACUUUUUUAAGUGUAAGUUAUUUUUUCUAACUAGAGAAUAUGACUUUGUUUAUAUGUGUUUAUUUCAUUUCUGUAUGCUGCUUGCAUGACUUCUUGCAAGAUAAAUGUCUUCCACAUAAUUCUGAAUUUAUUAUGACUGUAGUAUGCAUGUUUAUUGAAAACUGAGUAGGUUUGCUUGGCCAUCCAACCCUUAAAAACUCAGAAAACAGUGAAUUUUUUUUAAGUUUCAGGAAAGUUUACGUAGUUUAUCUAGAUUUUGCUGUAAUUUGUCAUGUUUAGUAUGUUGCACUUUAAUUUUUGUGGACUACCGAGAUUUGAAUGGGAAAAACUAGCAAAUAAAUCACAGAACAUUGUGGACAGUUCACAGCUAACUUCAGAGAUUAAAGCUGCACCAUUGGUUGAAAGCACACAUAUUAGUAUGUGAAAAUGAAGCGUGAUUGAUCCAUUUGUGUGUCCCUUAAUCUUGAUGCUUUACAAGUCUCAGUCAAGAGAAAGUAGCAAACAUCUUUAAAAAUGUGUUUUCAAAAACAGCUAGUUUUUUUCCAGCUGAUGGCAUAGCCCUGACAACAGUAUAUUUUUGGACAUCAUCUGCAAAUACUAUCCAUUCUGCGAUACCACAUACACUUAAAGAUUUUGAUGCGUGGUGGAUUGCAGGAAUGUUAUAUUUUGCUCUUUAAGCCAGUGUGAUAACUUAUAAGUGUUAUGUUUUUUUGGAAUAUGCUUUUGACCUAAUAUUUUUGUGGGGCUGUCUGGUUUAGAACAAAAAUAUCUACUUACAAGUCUUUGUUUAGAUACUUAAGGUGGAACAGCUGCAGUAUUUUUGGAAAAAAGAAAUUCUCCAGUGCAGUGCAAUGCAAUUGUUUGUUACUGUUUUGUGCCAUAAUAAGGCUAUAUCAUGGUGAGAGAAGGUAAUGUUACAUAUAAAGGUUGAGUGCAAUGCAAUGGUUAAUGUUGGGCUCACUUUUUGAAGUUCAGAAUUUCUUGCUUACUCACCUAGUUGAAACGAUUUAUCAGAAUUAUUCAUAUUUGGCUGACCUCUAAAUACCUAUGACAGUGCAUGUUGUUUGGUCAUUUUUGUGUUAGUCAUUAAAACACUUGAGGUUCUGUUGUUCCACGAUGUAAGACAGUUUGACACUUUUGAUUUUGAAGGUUUUACCUUGAUGCUUUGUUCUUUAUUUUUAUGUUUGUUUGUUUAUUUCUUUAAAUAUAUCUUGUUCUUUAUUCUACUCUGCUUUGAGACAGUCAUGUUUAAAUCAAUCAUUAUUACUGCUACAACAAAACAGCAAACACUUUUAGCCUGUCAAAGAUAAAACAGGAACUGAGUAAGUCAUGCAUUUUAAUAUUCUCUCCACUUCAUUUGUUUCAUACAACGCAUUCAUAAUCGUUUUAUUCUAGAUACAUUCUGUUUUAGUAGCACACUUCACACAGUGCUUAGUUGACAAAAAAUGCUCUGUGGACCAAAUGUGACGUGUCUCGAAAAUAUAUGAAGACAUCACUAUGCUGAGUUGUGCAGAGAGCAAUCAUUAAAACCUGCAUGCUGCAAUCCAUUUCCUAUCUUCACACUUGUAAUACUAAAUACACAAUAAUACAUUCUCAGUAAUCACUAAAGUUUAAUCCUUCAAG